UCUGUUUAACUUCCACUGCCUCUCUUCCCACAGCUUUCAGUCUAGAUACGGAGCAGCCGGACUACGAUCUGGACUCUGAGGAUGAGGUUUUUGUGAAUAAGCUGAAAAAGAAACUGGAGGUGGAGGCCCUGCAGUUCGAGGAGAUGAUUGACAGAUUGGAGAAAGGCAGCGGACAGCAGCUGGUGACCCUACAGGAAGCAAAGCUUUUACUAAAGGAGGACGAUGAUCUGAUCAGGGAGGUGUUUGAGUACUGGAGCAGGAAGAGGAAACUGUGUAAAAACGGAUCCCUCAUCCCAACCAUCAAGCAGGAAAAGCGGGACGUUUCCAGCACCAAUGACCCCUAUGUGGCCUUCAGGCGCAGGACUGAGAAGAUGCAGACGAGAAAGGUGAGCAGUUCUGGUCAGAGCCAUGGCCGUAUCGAUGUUGUCUUAUUCCUUUAAUGCUGAUCCUCUAACAGGCUGGAUUGAUGAAAGCAACUCAAUAUCGCACCCACUUUAA